CCACUACGUCAGGUCGCAGCCUUGAAACUCUCUGAAAACUCUCCAAAUCGAGCGCUAUUUCCAUCUAAAUGGAAUCCUCGAACCCCUACAGCAGCCUGAGUACUUGCCAAUCCUACAUCGAUUAUCGUACGCUCCAUCAUUUGCCGCGUUGUGUUCCGGAUUGGGUGCAAAAGACAGUACAUGAUGGUGUCUGGGACAAAGAGAUGCAGCUCUUUGUUGAGAGUGAGGGAAGCGGUGUAGCUGCUCAAGUCGUCCAAGGCUUCGAUCCUCCAUAUGCCGAGUGUUGGUGCCGGGUUAACAAUUGUGGGCACUUUAUCUCUGGUCGUUCUGGUCUACCCAAGCAUGUUCGCAAAGCACAUGCCCCGCUAAUCAUCGGAAAUCGAGCUGAAGGACGGAAGAAGGCAGCUGAACUCCAGAUUGUUAAAGAUACGUACAAGGCGAUUAUGGAGACCAUUCGACAGGCAGCAGAGAAUGGUGACAAGGAUGCUAGGCUUGCUUUGCGUUGGGAUCCUCCGCCGAAAACUCAGAAAGAGAUCCACGCAGAUGCCCGCGCAGAGAAGAAGCGAGUUGCUGCUGAGAAGAAGGCAGUUAAGGCAGCUGGAGGUGGUACAACUAAGCACAGAAGGAAGGUCAACUUGGAGGACGAUGACUAUGAUCCAGAUGAGGACAUGGAGGUCAAAGAUAGCAAAGCGUUUGACCACAAGGCUGGCCGUGUUAUUCGCCAUGACAAUCCUAAAUCUCCUAACGACCUGUUCACGAUCCACGUUGCCAAAGGUGUAGAGAUGCCCAUGAUUCCAGGCAAAACCUUUAAGUCACCUAAUAUCUCGGCCCUGCUUCGCAUUAUUUCCGUCUAUGAUGAUGGUUACAAAUCUCUGUGCGCAAACUGCGGCAAGGUGACCAACACGCGCAGGGCUUAUAAGCAAUGCACUUUUGAUGGGGCCUGUGCUGGCCGUGACUACUUCCCUGAGUGGGAUGUACCCGCCAACUGGUAUACGGGCCCGACUCACAAGGGUAUCCUGCGUAGGCACAUUCAAGCAGAUGAGGAGUAGUUCUGGAUACAAUUACCAGAUAUGCAUGAAAGGAGCUAUGGGAAUUUAAUUUAGAUGCAUUACCUAGG